AUGAGGAAGAUUAAACUAAACGCUCAUGACAUUGGUCUGUUUGCUACUGAGAUAGGCGGUUCUGAGUAUUAUUUUUUCAAAAAACACACAGAGACAUUCAAACGAAUGUGGGAAGAUCAAGGUCGAAUAUUUUGGGAAAGAUUUAUUUUGUGUCUUAGAGGGUUUUCAAUUAAUUAUGGUGUUCUCAAAGAAUUCCCUGUUAAGAGUGAACAGUAUGAAGUGUUUAUUGAUGAUGCGUUUGAAUUUUUAAAACAUGAAUUUGUUAAAGGAAAAGUAAAUACAGCUAAAAGUCUUGUUUUAGAUACAGCUAUAUUAGCACAAAAUAAACAUAGUCUUGGAGGUCUGGAGUCUAGUUCUUAUUCAAAAGAUCCAUUUUAUCAUAAAGACACAAGAGAUGUUUUUCGUAGGUUUUUCGGUGAUCCUAAAGAAAAGACAUCAUAUAUAAAGGUUUAUUUAUUACUUCCUCUAUAUUUAUGUUUUGGUGGUUCUAUAUGUAAUUGUUUACGGGCUUGGUUAGAUGCGAAUAUCAUGUCUCCUGGUGAAGACUAUUACACACCACCGACAGAAGAGGACCUUCGACCCAAGUGGUCAAAAAAAGAUCAAAAAAGUAAUACCGUUGCUGAGUUAAUGCAUUUAGCUAGUCCUAACCAAUCAUAUAGGGUCAUUUCAGACAAAGAAGAGGAGAAAUUAAUUCUGACAUUUUUAUAUGAGCAAAAUAAACGAAGGGAAAUGGGGGCUGACACUUUUAAAGAUCUUGAUGAGUAUAAGCGUAAUUUGUAUGAGAAGAGAAUGGAUUCUGAGGGGAAAAUAAGUCAGUAUGUUGAUCCCAAAGGGGAUGGCACGCUGAUUGAUCUCAGUAGAGCUACUGAGCCGUGGUGGCGUGAUACAAAGCCUGAGGGGGGGAAAAGUGCAAAGCGGGUCAAAAAAAAGAAAAAACAUAAGGUGGUUGUAACUCAGCAACAAAAGAUUAAUUUUGAGUCACCAAAUGACAGUGGCAUAUCUCUUUGUGUCGGAACGACUAAGCGGGAGGGUAGAGAGAAUGCAGAGGAGGAUCAGAAAUAUACUAAGCUCGGCGCAAGACCUAAAGACAAAGACAAUUCACCAACGCGCAAUGGCGAUUCAACACCGCCCAGUGAUGGCAAUAGCAGCAAUGGAAAUGUCAAUAAGAAGAAAAGCAAACAAAAGAUGAAAAGAAAAAUUACUGAAGAAAAUGAAGAUAGUAGUAAUGAAAAGGAGCAAAAGGAGCAAUCUGAAAAGGUUGAGUCAUCUGAAAUGACAUUAGAGGAGUACUUGAAACAAGCCAAGAAAAAACGAGAAAUAGAAUUGGCUGCAGCUGUCCAGGACGUUAAAAUUAAAAAGGAGGUUGAAGAGCAGAGGAAAUUGAAGAAAAAAAACUUACAUUUAAAAGAAGGUGUAUACACACCAGAAGAGGAUUUAUACAUGAAACGACGACAUGUUGAGGAAUUUUAUAAAUGGUGGGCCAAAUCAGAAGAUGAGGAUAUAUUAGAAAUAAAGCGUAGAGAAGAGGAGGAAAAAGAGGCAAAAAGAAAGGCAAUACAAAAAGAAAUAAACGCUUUGAUGCGAGAAAGCAUGAAAUCUGAAAAGAAAGAGUAUACAAUGUUAGGAUCCAAGAAAGAAGAGGAUAACUUAAAAACCCAGAUUGACGCAGCUCAAAAAGCUUUAGAAGACAGAGAGAAUGGACUUGAUGUAGAUGUACCUGAAAUUGCAAUUCGCAUGGAUGGGGGUUGUAGUGAUGAUCUGCGUUUAUGUAGAGGUACUACCAUUGAUCAGCAGGAAGAGGAUUUCAUGCCGAGACUAGAGCGAGCCGUUAGUGAAACAUUCAAGAAAUUUGGUGCAGCAACAGUGAGAGUUGUCCGUCCUGGAGAUCCAGAAUAUGAAGAUGCUUUGAUAAAUACUAUUGGAAAAGGGCAACGCAACCACAUGCAUCCUGAUCCAGAGCUUUGUCCUUGUUGUCGAGAGCAAGAAGAUGCAUCAGUUUUUAGAAAAAGGUUGAUAAAACAAAUUGAAAAGGAAAUUGAAGAUCUAGAACAGGAAAUUUUAUCACAAAAUGCAAAGAGGCUAGAUGGAGAAAAGGUUGACGAAGAUGCAUUGGAUAAAAAGAAAAAGGAUCUGAAAAUGAAGAGAGAGCAGAGUGAUAAAUUCAAGAAUAAAUAUGGAAAGGAUAUUUCAAAAGGUCAGAAUUUGAAAACAUCAGAGAACAGCAAAGACAAAGAUGAUGAGGAAAUAGAGAAGGAGAUGCUAAGAAGACUUCUAAUGGAAAGGACAUCAUUAUCGUCAUCAUCAUAUCCUACAAAACUUCCCACUCUUAUAUUUCAAUCAAAAACAAAAAUUCCAGAAAACUAUUUUACUAGUAAAGGUUCAACUAUGCAAGCGAAUAAGAAGCCUGGAGUAGAUGAAAAAAGCAAAGUAGAGCCUGAAGUAGUUAAAAAAAGCAAAGUACGUGUAGAGCCAGAAGUAAAUGAAAACAAAAAAGUGGAACCUGGAGUUGAUGAAAACAACAAAGAGGAGACUGGAGUAAAUGAAAACAAUGAAGUAGAGACUGAUGAUCCUGUAGCUGGACGAGUCAAAGAGAUUGUGGAUAGUGUAGCCACACGGGGCAAAACAUCUAACCUCAAAGGGAAAGCUAUUAAAAAUCUGGUUGUACAACGUUCAAGCGGGGUGCUUUCAGAUAAAUCAGGGGAGGGUAUAUUUACCGACUCAAACUGGAGGGAAAAAUUGGAAGCUACCGGUUCACAUCUAAAGCAUGAUGGCUCAUUCGAACCAAUUCGGGUGGAGGCUCGCGAUUUCGCCAAAUGGUUCGAUAAGGAAGUCCAACGGAGUGAAGAGGAAAUAAACAGUCGUCCUUACCUGGUCUGUGUGUUCACUGAAGAUGAAGAGAAAAAUGGCACCAUGAAUGACGUUAUGAAACAACUGCACAAACUAAAAGAGGAGGCACAAAGGACAGGUGGCCUCAGCACAGACGGUGUGUCCAAGCUCAUAGAAAGUGGAGUAAAAAUCUGUGGGCCAAGAAUGAAAGGUAAUGUGCCACCAGAUGAAACUGACGAGGAGUUGAAUGCAAUGAUGAGUAAACGUGCGGAAAUUAGAAAGAUUGAAGAAGAAAUGAGACGAGAGGACGAAGAGAUUGAAAGGAGAAGGGCAGGUGGUGCUAAAAAAGAUACUGGUGCUGACACGACUACUGUUAACAACAGUAAAUUGAAAAAGUGUUCUGGUUGUGGUACUGUUGAAGCUUACUUGAAAAACUACAAGAAGUGCCAAAAAUGCAGAGAGCAAAAUGUGAAGCAACCAAGAUACUAUUGUAGUCGGAUUUGCCAAGUAAAAGACUGGACUGAUCGUCAUAAGAAAGAACACAAGCUUUGGAUUAAAUCUGGAGGAAACCCAAUGUAAAAAGACAACACAUUCCUACCCACGAGAAAAUUAUUAUAUAUAUGGUGCUACAUAUUGAUAUUUGAUAUUUUUUUAUUAGACGCAUAAAAUCCUUAGGAAAGGAUAAAAAGGGUCUUACAGAAAGAAAUUUAAAAAAAACUACAAUCUAAAAAAUAAAACAAAAAAUAAAAACUUUUCUAAAAAAAAAUAAAACAAGUCUAUGAUACUACAUUUGUAUAUAGACUUGUAUGAUACUAUAACUAUGCAC